AUGUCUAGUCCCAGUGAUAUACAAAUAGGUGAACAACAGCAACAGCAGCCACUGCAUGCGGGUGACCAACAACCUGGAGGGCAGGUUUCCCAACAGGAAAACCACCGUCACCAUCACCACGGACAUCAUCAUCAGCAACAACAACAACAACAGCAGCAGCCCCAGAUUGAUCCCAAUGCUAAUCCAAACAACAGGAUUGGCAAAUACCAAGUGAUCAAGACCCUUGGUGAAGGAUCCUUUGGUAAAGUCAAGCUUGCUCAACACUUGACAACUGGGCAACGAGUUGCUUUAAAGAUUAUCAACAGAAAAACAUUGGCCAAGUCAGAUAUGCAAGGUAGGGUCGAGCGAGAAAUCUCCUAUCUACGGCUAUUAAGACACCCCCACAUCAUCAAACUCUAUGAUGUUAUCAAGUCAAAAGAAGAUAUAAUCAUGGUUAUCGAGUUUGCUGGCAAGGAGUUGUUUGAUUACAUUGUGCAACGGGGCAAGAUGCCGGAAGAUGAAGCUAGAAGGUUUUUCCAACAAAUCAUUGCCGCUGUUGAAUACUGCCAUAGACACAAGAUUGUUCAUCGAGAUUUGAAACCGGAAAAUUUGCUUUUGGAUGAUCAACUCAAUGUCAAGAUUGCCGAUUUCGGAUUGAGUAACAUCAUGACCGAUGGUAAUUUCCUCAAGACUAGCUGUGGGUCACCAAACUAUGCUGCCCCUGAGGUCAUUUCCGGGAAAUUGUAUGCUGGUCCUGAAGUUGACGUGUGGUCUGCAGGCGUCAUCUUGUACGUGAUGCUUUGUGGUAGGUUACCCUUUGAUGAUGAAUUUAUUCCAGCCUUGUUCAAGAAAAUCAGUAAUGGUGUUUACACCUUGCCCAACUACUUGAGCAGUGGAGCCAAGCACUUGUUGACAAGAAUGUUGGUUGUCAACCCGUUGAAUAGAAUCACCAUUCACGAAAUCAUGGAAGACGAAUGGUUCAAAAAGGAUAUGCCCGAGUACUUGUUGCCGCCUGAUUUGUCAAAGAGCAAGCACAACAAAAUCGAGAUUGACGAAGAUGUGAUUCGUGCUUUGUCGAUGACUAUGGGUUACGAUCGAGAUGAAAUCAUCAAUGUUAUUGCCCGCUCGAAUCAACAUGCAGCACCACAAGAACAGAGCAACGAAAUUUUAGAUGCUUAUUUGUUGAUGAAGGAGAAUCGCACUUUGGUGAGGGAUUUGAAGAAAUCCCAUACUGAUAACGUUGACAGUUUCUUGUGCUCGUCGCCACCACCAAGCUCGGGCAUUGCUGGUGGAAGCAACACCACGGGACCCAACGGGUUCAGUUCAACAAGCAGUGCCCCCGGAGUGCAACAGUCCUUAACGUAUCAAACACUCGCCACGGUUCCCGACUUGUCCAAUUUGCCCAAUUCCUCUAUUGCCAUCUUGCCUUCGAGUUUGCCAUCGAUUCACAGAGCGUACAUGAGCGAGCACCAACUCAGUGGCCAAAAUGCCCAGCCUGUGGCCCCGACAAAAAAGUCUAAAACAAGAUGGCAUUUCGGUAUCAGAUCGAGAUCGUACCCUUUAGACGUUAUGGGUGAAAUCUACCAUGCGUUGCAAAACCUCGGAGCCGAAUGGGCAAAACCCGCGGAAGAAGAGUUGUGGACGAUAAAAGUUCGAUGGAAGUACGAUGUCAAGAGUAAUACCACUGCAGUCGCAACAUCCACAACGACGCCAAACUUGAUGAAGAUGCAAAUUCAAUUAUUUCAAUUAGAGCCAAAUAAUUAUUUGGUUGACUUUAAGUUUGAUGGUUGGGAACUGCUGGAUAGAAACGCCAAUGAUUCCAACAGCAGUAGCAGUAGCACCGCCAACAACAACAACAACAACAAUAAUAAUAAUAAUAGCUUGGAGUUGCUGGAUGAAGUUGGUAGUUUUUCAGCGUAUCCCUUUUUACAUUUAGCCACUAGAUUGAUUAUGGAAUUAGCCGUCAACAGUCAAAAUAGUUGA